UAAAGUGAUUAAGUGAGUGGCUUCGUCGUCUUCUCCGUGAAAAUUGUGUGGUUCACACAAGAGAAGAAAAAGCUCCAAAAUCACCUCCCAUGGCGGCCGAACUCCAUGCCCUAAUCAAGGUAUCCCUCUGUGUUUUCGCAUCUCUGCUCUACUCCUAUUUCGUAGCUUCAAAGCUUCCCAAAGGCAAAUUCAGGCUCCUCUCUCUCCUCCCAAUUUUCCCUCUCUUCGCCCUCCUCCCCCUCCUCUCCGGAAUCGUCGCCUUCUUCAUCACCUGGCUCGCCUCCUUCAAGCUCCUCUUCUUCUCCUUCGAUUCCGGCCCUCUCGCUUCCGAUCCGCCAUUGCCCUUCCCUCUCUUCGCCUCAAUCGCUUGCUUCCCCAUCCGAAUCAAGCAAAAUCCUCCCAAAACCCUACAUCCGCCUCCACAUCUCCCCGAUUCCCCAAAAUUGCCUCUCAAUCUGCCGGCGAAAGCGUUGCUAUUCGCCGCCCUGGUCGCCGCCGACGAUUUCGCCCAAUCUCUCCCCCAAAACGCGAAACUCUGCUUCUAUUGCGCGAUUCUGUAUCCGUUUAUCGACGUUGUUUUGGGCCUCAGUAAUGCGAUUGUUCGAUCGGCGUUCGGGAUCGAGCUCGAACAGCCCUCCAACGAGCCCUAUUUGGCGACGUCGCURCAGGAUUUUUGGGGGCGGCGCUGGAAUCUGUUGGUGUCGAAUACUUUGAGGUACWCGGUUUAUAGGCCGGUCCGCGCAGCAUUGGGGCGCCGGCGGGGGGCGGCGCCGGCGGCGGUGUUCGCGACGUUUGUGGUGUCGGGGCUGAUGCACGAGCUACUGUUUUACUACGUCACCAGAGCGGUUCCGGCGUGGGAGGUUACGGCGUUUUUCGUCCUUCAUGGGGUGUGUGUGGUGGUGGAAUUUAGAGUGAAGAGGGCGGUGGGGGAAAAGUGGCGGUUGCAUUGGGCGGUUUCCGGGCCGUUGACGGUGGCGUUCGUGGUGGUCACCGGCGCGUGGCUGUUCUUUCCGCCGUUGUUGAGGACUGGCGCGGUAGUCGGAGUUCUUCGGGAGUGUAAGUCUGCGGCGGAGUUCGUUAAAGCUCAGGUCUCAUCCGUCUUCGGAACAGCAUUUUGAGGCUUUUUUUUUCCUUUUUCUGGUUAAAUCAAGAAUUUAAAUGUAGUGGACCUGAGGGUAGACAAAAAUAUUGAAGUCUUAACGAUAUUAAAUUUAAUAAGUAUUUUGUGUCAUAAUUGGGA